AAUUCAUUUUUAAUCCUUUAAUAGUCCACAAUAAUAUUGUCCUAAAGAGGGUACAUUGGAUUUUAAUUUUGCUUUCAAUAUGACGGCUGUCAAUGUUGCCCUGAUUCGUGAUACCAAGUGGCUGACUUUAGAAGUCUGUAGAGAAUUUCAGAGAGGAACUUGCUCUCGAGCUGAUGCAGAUUGCAAGUUUGCCCAUCCACCAAGAGUUUGCCAUGUGGAAAAUGGUCGUGUGGUGGCCUGUUUUGAUUCUCUAAAGGGUCGGUGUACUCGAGAGAACUGCAAGUACCUUCACCCUCCUCCACACUUAAAAACGCAGCUGGAGAUUAAUGGGCGGAACAAUCUGAUUCAACAGAAGACUGCCGCAGCCAUGUUCGCCCAGCAGAUGCAGCUUAUGCUCCAGAACGCUCAAAUGUCACCACUUGGUUCUUUUCCUAUGACUCCAUCACUUCCAGCUAAUCCUCCCAUGGCUUUCAAUCCUUACAUACCACAUCCUGGGAUGAGCCUCGUUCCUGCAGAACUUGUACCAAAUACACCUGUUCUGAUUCCUGGAAACCCACCUCUUGCAAUGCCAGGAGCUGUUGGCCCAAAACUGAUGCGUUCAGAUAAACUGGAGGUUUGCCGAGAAUUUCAGCGUGGAAAUUGUACCCGUGGGGAGAAUGAUUGCCGCUAUGCUCACCCUACUGAUGCUUCCAUGAUUGAAGCGAGUGAUAAUACUGUGACAAUCUGCAUGGAUUACAUCAAAGGUCGAUGCUCGCGGGAGAAAUGCAAGUACUUUCAUCCUCCUGCACACUUGCAAGCCAAACUCAAGGCAGCUCAUCACCAGAUGAACCAUUCAGCUGCCUCUGCCAUGGCCCUGCAGCCUGGUACACUGCAACUGAUACCAAAGAGAUCAGCACUGGAAAAGCCCAAUGGUGCCACCCCGGUCUUUAAUCCCACUGUUUUCCACUGCCAACAGGCUCUGACUAACCUGCAGCUCCCACAGCCGGCAUUUAUCCCUGCAGGGCCAAUACUGUGCAUGGCACCUGCUUCAAAUAUUGUGCCCAUGAUGCACGGUGCUACACCUACCACUGUGUCUGCAGCAACAACACCUGCCACCAGCGUUCCCUUCGCUGCACCAACUACAGGCAAUCAGCUGAAAUUCUGAACAGCAGAGUUAUGGAGUAUCAGAAUCUUUCCAUGGAAACCUCCAUAUGGCCUUUCUAUAUAUUUUCUCGUAUGUCUUAUUCUACCAACACAACAAUAAGCGUGUUGCAGUCAAUGUAUUAAGCAAAGCAAACCUACCAGCCAGCAAAUUCAGAUAAAAAAUAAAGCAUUAAAAAUCAAUGGAGAUGUUAAAACAACACGAAUAGAAAACUAGUAACUACCAUCCAUCCUAUUUGAAUUAUCAAGCAGAACAUGACCAUAAAAUUUGGUAACUUGUUACAUUACUCUUUGUGAUUUUCUAAUAACCAUGCUAAGUGUAUUUCCACAGUGAGCUGUUGGCUUACUAUAUACAUUCUUGGUGGAUAAAUUGUUCAUCUGUUUUUGAAGUGUUACCUUACUGUUUUGUUUACAAGAUAGUCUAUUGGUUUGAUUCAGGAUGUAACAAAUAUAUUCAGUACCAUUUCUUGUAUUGUGUUGUGCUGUGUUAGGUUUUUACAUACGUAGUGUUUUGCCGUAUAUGUAUGGUGUUUGAUUUCAACUAAAGUGUUAUUAGUGGGGAACAGAACUAUAUGUGCUUAAAACCAUGACAGGUUCAUGCAAAUAUGCUCUCUUUCUUUAGAAUAUUUCUGUAGGUUUCUUGGGACUGACAUUUAAAAUGCCUCAUUUUUGAAUGUGCACAAAACCUGUUCAUUAACAUGCAUGUGUAUAAUUUGUACCUGCAGAUCUGAUGUUGCAUAAUACAAUCAAAUUGCUAGAUUUUUUAAAGAGAGAAAUAAUUACCUGCACAAAGCAGAGAACUUCAUAAAACAUUAACCCCUAUUUCACUCUUCUUAAAUAGCUUGGAAAAUAAGACUUUACCUUUAAAUGAAUUUCUCAGCAUUUAUAGUAAAAAUUAUGUAAAGUGCCCAUUAGACUUUUUGUGUGUGUGGCUUGAGAAUCCUAUCUCCUAGGUUGAGUGUCUAAAACUCAGCCAUUUUGUCAUCUUCAGCUGAGAAACUGGUACUUGGGAGCUUAAAAAUAUGCUAAUUACAAGUUAUAAAUCAAACAGAGAGAUGGGGGCGUGGAGAUAGUUCUUACAUACUCGAGGAAAGUGUGUAAAACCAUGGCAAUGUCACCUUUUACACAAAUGCCAUUUUCCAAAUGCAAAUGGCUCAUGCUCUUUAGGCUACUCUUUGAAUAACAAGUAAGAAGCAAUCUAGCAAAAGUCAGUCGGGGUGAAAGAGAAUUGGUUACAAAUAACGACUUUCCUCCCCAAAUGGACAGUCUUCUCUAUUGAUCACAGAGGGAGCCUGAGUACAGGCUUGGAGAAAUGGCUAGGACAGGGAACAGGGAAGCACUUACAAUUAUUCCUUGAUUUAUUCAAAAGAACUGGGAAAGAUGGUUGUAAUGGUCUUUAGCUUCGGUUCAACUGAAUUUCGUUUUGUUAAACAGUUCAGUGAAGGAGAAAGCACCUGUGAUAUAUGGCAAGUGUCCCCCUGCCCAAACUUUAACAUCAGACCCUCUCACAUCAUAA